GCCUCAGUUCAAGGAAGUGAAAUCCUCCGCUGAGAGUGAUCACUGAUCAGUUGAACUCAUCGCUGUCAUCUGCAGACUUCAGGGAUCCUCUCCUCCGAGCACCAUGGCACAAGCAGACAUUGCCCUGAUUGGUUUGGCUGUUAUGGGCCAAAACCUCAUCAUGAACAUGAACGACCAUGGUUUUGUGGUGUGUGCCUACAACCGCACCGUGUCCAAGGUGCACGACUUCCUACAGAAUGAAGCCAAAGGCUCUAAGGUGAUCGGGGCAGAGUCACUCGAGGACAUGGUGUCAAAGCUGAAGAAGCCCAGGAGGAUCAUCCUGCUGGUGAAGGCUGGGCAGGCUGUGGAUGACUUCAUAGACAAACUGGUUCCUCUCCUUGAACCUGGAGAUAUCAUCAUCGAUGGUGGCAACUCUGAAUACAGAGACACAACUCGCCGGUGUAAAAGUCUAAAGGAGAAAAACCUGCUGUUUGUCGGCAGUGGGGUCAGCGGUGGAGAGGAGGGAGCACGAUUUGGUCCAUCUCUGAUGCCUGGUGGACACAAAGAGGCCUGGCCACACAUAAAAGAUAUUUUUCAAAGUAUUGCAGCAAAGGUCGGCACAGGAGAACCAUGUUGUGACUGGGUUGGGGAUGAAGGCGCAGGGCAUUUUGUGAAAAUGGUGCACAAUGGUAUUGAAUAUGGAGACAUGCAGCUAAUCUGUGAGGCCUACCAUCUGAUGAAGGAUGUACUGGGCAUGGACCACGAUGAGAUGGCACAGGCUUUCGACAGCUGGAACAAAACCGAGCUAGACUCCUUCCUCAUUGAGAUCACAGCCAACAUCCUCAAAUACAGAGACUCAGAUGGGAAACACCUACUGCCUAAGAUCCGAGACAGUGCAGGACAAAAGGGCACCGGGAAAUGGACAGCUAUUUCAGCUUUGGAGUAUGGCACACCUGUUACUCUCAUAGGGGAGGCUGUCUUUGCCAGAUGUCUGUCCUCUCUGAAGGAUGAGCGAGUGGAGGCCAGCCGCAGUCUCUCCGGGCCGCAGGGGGUCAAGUUCAGCGGAAACAAGGCUACUUUCCUCGAGGACAUUAGAAAGGCCCUCUACGCCUCCAAAAUCAUCUCGUACGCACAGGGCUUCAUGCUGCUCAGACAGGCCGCCAAAGAGUUCGGCUGGUCGCUGAACUACGGAGCUAUCGCCCUCAUGUGGAGAGGAGGCUGCAUCAUCCGCAGUGUGUUUUUGGGUAAAAUCAAAGAGGCGUUCGACAGAGAUUCAGACCUGCAGAAUCUGCUGCUGGACUCUUUCUUCAGUAACGCCGUUCAGGACUGUCAGGAGUCUUGGCGUCGAACGGUGAGCACAGGCGUCCAGCACGGGAUCCCAAUGCCCUGCUUCACCACAGCCCUGUCCUUUUACGACGGCUACAGACACGACAUGCUGCCAGCCAAUCUCCUCCAGGCCCAGAGAGAUUACUUUGGCGCUCACACAUAUGAGCUGCUAUCAAACCCGGGACAGUUUAUCCACACAAACUGGACAGGCCACGGCGGAAACGUCUCCUCCUCGUCCUACAACGCCUAAGGACACAACCCGCAUCAAAUUUUACGCGAAGAACGAUUUUACAUUCCGACAAAAUGCAAAAGUAUUUAAGUCUGUAAUCAACAUCUUAAUACAACGUUUUAUCCACUUCAAUUUUGUGUAACUGUAGUCUUAUUUAUGAGUCCUAGUACUUGUCCCUUCAGUGUUGUUCAGCUGAUUACACGCCUGGAUAGGGGGCAGUAGAGAGUCUCUUUUUGUGCUGAUUGCUAAAUAUAGGGGCUAAUGUUGGCCAGUCAUAUUUGGCCCAAGGUUCAAGGUGUUAGCACUGGAUUAAAGCAGCUCGUUGCACUGUACUGUAUUAGGCUAAAUAAAGAUUUCAAUCCCU